GGAAGCCGAGGAAAAGCUCCAAUCGAUCCUUCCCAGCGGCGUGGUGAAGCCCAGGACACAGCUGCGAGCAGCCAAACUGUGGCGGGGAGACGCCGUCCUGCUGCCCGCCUGGCCCCAGCCCCAUCCCACCGCCCGCACCGCCACCGUCCCCUUUGUCCCCUGCCAAUGCCGGUGGGUGGCGGCUGCACGCUCGAGAUCGCUGCGCUGGCAUCCCAAGCGUGGGGCCGAGCUGCGGGCCCCUCUUUUUCCCGCGGGACAGUGGCGAUGGGGGCUGCUCUCUCCACCGGAGCAGUCGUGGCAAUUUCUUUUAACUGUGUCAUCGCAUUGCUCAUCCUCAUCCUCUUCCUCAUCCUCUGCAAGGCCUGCAGGACCCCCUCGUGUCCCAACAAGAGCCCGGCUUCUGAUGCAGACGAGGCAAGGAACGAAGAGAAGUACCUGCUGCAGCCCUGAGCUGCUUGGGGACUUGGGUACCUGGCUGUGCCGCUGUGCCGAAGGAGUUGCGCCAGCCUGGAUGCCUGUGCUGGGACUGGGGCGCUGGAUGGGGCAGCAUGAGAGCAGAGGAGAUGCCGAGCUGCUUGCAGGAGCCGUGAUGCGAGGCACAGCCCUUCGCCUGCGUGGUUUUGGUGUGUGAAGUCCCUGCGGAUGCCCACAGUGACCGUGGGGAUGGAGAGACAGUGGCCGGGGACGUGCUAUGGGGACAAUCCUGCCUGUCCCAGCAGCCAGAGAGUGCAGCAGGAGCCCUGCCCUCGAGCUCACCCCGUGUUCGGGGACAGCCUGUGCACUCCUCCCUGGCGCUCGUGGCCCGGGCCAGUGGCCACGUCACAGACCUGAG